AUGGACUUCGCGUCCCUCAUGAACAAGGAGCUCUCCAAGGCCAAAACCCCCGCCGACUCAUCCAAAAAGUACCUAAAACGAUCCGAAAUCGAAGAAGAGCGCAAAAAAGCAUACCUAGCGGAACAAAAAGCCGCUGAAGAAGAGCGCCAAGCCAAAGCAGCAGCCAAGCGGAAACGAGAGGAAGAAGCCGCCGCCGAGAAUGCGGCGCGAGAAGAGAAACGGCGCAAACUAGCAGAGGAGUCAAAGAAGCUACGAGAAGAAAAAGAAGAAGAGGAAGAGCGAGCUAGAAGGAAGAGGCUGGGUCUUCCGGAGCUGGUGAAAAAGAAGGAGGAAGAGGAGGGGGAUGCGGUUGACGACGAUGACAUUCCGGAGGACGAAUUGAGAGAGAAGCUGAGAGAGCUGGGACACCCGGUUAUGUUGUUUGGAGAGUCGCACGGCGCAAAGUUAAGGCGGUAUAGGAAGUUGACGACAGUGAUGAGUAGUGGUCCUAUACCUACGACGUUGGAGUUGGUGGAGGAGAAGGACAUGAAGGUUGGUGGGACGGUGCCCGUGGAGAAGGGCGAGAGGAAGUGGCUGUUUAGACAGCUCGCGAGUUAUUUUACCAUGGUCCUUACGGAGUAUCAGAGGGCUAUGGAGGAGGAGAAGAGUGAGACGAGUGCCGGGAAGACGGCGUAUAGUGCCAUGGUGCAGACAAGAGACAAUUUGAAGCCGCUGUUUCGCAAAUUCGAAUCCAACGAUGUGGACGACUCCCUUCUUGAACCGGUAGUGCAAAUCGUGAAAGCGCUCCAAGAAAGGCGGUAUGUCGACGCCAACGAUGACUACCUGCGUUUGAGUAUUGGCAAAGCCGCCUGGCCGAUUGGUGUGACCAUGGUUGGUAUCCACGAGAGAAGUGCUCGCGAGAAACUUCAUGACGGCGAAAAGGGCCACGUCAUGGGUGAUGAGGUUACGCGCAAGAUUUUACAGAGCAUCAAGCGGUGUCUUACUUUUGCCCAGGUGAGGUGGCCGCCGACAGAUUUGAGGCAGUUGAUGGGUUAG